AUGGCUCCCAAACGGAAAAAUCCACGAAAACCGGUCAAAAACGAGGAGGACAAUCUACUGCAGCGAGUAUGUGCCAACAAACGUGAGCGACAACGAACAAAGGAACUCAACGAUGCGUUCUCGAUUCUUCGAAAGAUCAUUCCAUCAAUGCCUUCCGAUAAAAUGAGCAAAAUCCACACACUGCGGAUCGCAUCCGACUAUAUAAGGUUUCUGGACCAAAUGAAGCGAGAUGAUUGCAAAUUAUUCGGCGUCGAUAUCUUCGAUGAGAAAGGUGGCUAUGGACUUCAGACAUCUUUCAACAUCUGGAGAGGGAGUCAUGGUUUGACGCAGAGCAGUCCUAUGAGUGGCAGUAGUCUUAUGAGUCCGAUGGGAAUUCCUGCAUCAAUGCCAUGUCCAAUACCACAUAUGAAUUACUACGUGGGUAGUUAUGUCAUGAAACCAGGUGGCGCUCAUGCAUUCUUCACUGUCACCGGUUUAUCCGCAUUCUUUAAUGCUAAUUUUAUUUCAAUUAUUAGCUAA